AUGACCUCUUCCUUGAUCGCGUCUUCAUCCCCGUUACAGAAUGCUGCUUUACCGAGCAACAUCAGCACUUCAGUGACAAUUGACUCUCCCGCAUCCUCAUCAGCAUCAACCAGCCACUUUCGUUCCCCGAGUUUCGAAUCUUUUGCCCCGCCGAGCAAGGUUCGCCGAUUGGACGGUAAUUUUUCGCCCCUCGAAAAUCCCAAGGAGACAGAAGGAUUGACGGAGGAGGAGGGAGUGGAAGAGAAGGGACUUCUGCUGCACCAGUCACGCUCUUCCGCGUAUGCUCUCUCCCGCGAUCGCGCUGAUUCGUCGCGUUUUCUUCUAGACGCUGAGCCUUGCCACGCUCGAGGGUCCUCGCCCAAGCCCUCUCUCGCCUCUCUUCCCUCCGAGCUUGUCCGCGUUAUAGUCUCCCUCGUUGACGCGCCAAGAGACCGCGGUUGCUGCGCGCUGGUCUGCCGGGCCUGGCGCCAAUGGGAACGUGCCACGCGUACACAGCUACACCUGCGCGGAAGCCUCAGCGACCUUCCGAGCCUGGGGACGUGCUUCGACUCGGUGACGGACCUGGACCUGGCUGAUGUCCACCCUGAUUGGCCAGGUUCGGAAGAAGAACUUCGGCAGGUCUUCCGAACGUCGUUUCCGAACCUCCGCCGCGUCCGAGCCAACGUCAGCCCGUCUGGCUUGGAGUACGUGCGCCAGUGCUGGCCAAAGCUGGAGAGCGUUGUGAUUGGCCACUGGGAUGGCCUGGACGAGGGCUUGGAGGCGCGCCACGUCAGCAGUUUAGUGUCCCGCUGCCCUAAAGUCGACUCGAUUGAUCUGUCCUGGAGCAGGCACUGUGAUUUUAACGAUUUGCCGAAGCAGCUGAGCGAUUACAAGCUGGGGAGGAUCCGCGUGCUGAACCUGCUGGGCGGGCCUGCUCCGUUAAGGGAUGACGCGUUAGAGGUGUUUGGACGGGGUGCUUUCCCAGGCCUUGAGGAGCUGUGUUUUGCGAUGGCGGAUGGUGGCGUCACUGAUAUGGGCUGGCGCCUGAAAAAGAGCCAUGGCCGUCGCAAUGAUGCCAUUCAGGCUGCCAGCUGCCCCCUCAGCUACCCGCACCCUGAAAUGACUAGCGCUGCCCGUUCUAAAUCGAGUCUUCUGCUUCGCCCGUCGUGGGCGGCUGGUGAUUGCGUAUGCGCUGCUGCUUCUGUUGUGGCUGCUGGUCGGCCCUUCCGAACUCUACCCGCAGCAGCAGCUGCGGCGUCCCCAUUCCAACGGAAUAGGCCUGGCAGCGGACUGGGCUUGCCUGUGGGCAGCUGUGCAGCUGCCUGCCAAGAGCCGGAUGGCGAUGGAUUAAAGCCUUUGGGAGGAGUGCUGCUGGUUGUCCUCAUCUCACCUUCACUUCCUAGGAUCGCGAGUGUGGCGCGCGGGUGCCCGGCUCUGCGCGUGCUGCGCAUUGAAGACGUGGCGCACGACCUCAACAACAGUGACGACGGGGAAGCGGAAGCGGAUGGCGUGGCGGCGGAUGAAGAUGGGAAUGGGAAUGGAGUGCCUGAGUGGAAUGGAAUCGAGGAUGGGACUGAAGACGCGGCUCUGGAUGCACCUUGGGACGCUUCUGGUGGCUCAUCAGCAGCAGCAGCAGUAGCAGCAGCAGUAGCAGCAGCAGCUGCUGCAGUAGCAGCGGAAUCAGCAGAGGUUGAGCAAGUGGAUAUUGAGGGAUUGGAUGAGUAUGCGCCUCUUCCGCCUGAUUCUGCCACUGCCAUAUCAGCUGCAGCUCUUGCCUCUACUCUCGUGCCAUCUCCCCUCCCCCAGUCCUCCCCCUCUCCUAUCUCCACCGCGUUUCUUGCUGCUGCAGCAGCGUCGGCUGGUCUGGCCGGCAUUGCUGCUGCUGCUGCUGCUGCUGCCACUCCGCCUGCUCAAUCCGCCCCUCUUGCAUCAGCUCCACUGCCGCUCCCUGUCGCCACAGCCUGCCCAACCUACCCCAUCACAGCCGCCGCACUGGAGAGCCUGGCUCGGCACUGUCCGAGCCUGGAGGAGCUGUGCCUGGUGUCGUCCUUCCAUGUGCACCGCAGCGGGCCUCCAGUAGAGGCGCUGGCCGCUGGUUGCAAGUCGCUGCGGGUGCUGCGGCUGACUCGCUUUUUGGGCCUCGGUCGAGGGGUGCUGUCUGGUGGCGAAUCAGGAGAGGGUGUGGCGCAGAGGGAAGGUGGGCAGGAGGAGCAGGAGGAGCAGGAGGAGCAGGAGGAGCAGGAGGAGCAAGAGGCAGUUGAGCAGGAAAAGCAGUCGCAGCAGCUGCAGCAGCAGCAGGAGCAGCAGCAGCAGCAGCAGCAGCAGCAGGCGCAGCAAUGGGAUGGGCAGUUCGGUUCAGCCUUCCCUUGCACUCCAUUCGUCGAUGAACCUUUGAGCUUCCCGUUGGCGGCAGACAAUGGUGGGAACCUGAAUGGUGGUAACCUGAGUGGUGCUUUUUUGGAUGGUGGUAACCUGCAGGAGUGGAUGCAGUGGGAUAGCGCCGCUUCGUUGCUGCUUCCUACCUUGGACGGCUUCAGCAGCGGCUGGGAGGUGGACGAUUCUCUGCUUGCGGACCUGCAGCAGUGGCAGCAGCUGCAGGAGCAGCAGCAGCCGCAGGAGGAGGAGGAGCAGCAUCAGGGGUGCCCGUGCCCUCUCAUUGCAGCUGGCAGCAAUGAGACCACGAGCACUGGUAGCACUACCACCAGCAUCGCUACCUGCCCCAACGCCCUCCCUUGCACUAGUGGCUGCAUCAGCACUGGCACCAGCACCAGCACCAACACCAACACGAGCAUCAGCGCCACUGGCUCCUCCUGCCCGCCCAUCACUCCACGUUCUCCCCUCUCGCAGCCUCCUGUCCUCCCACCCCUCGCUCAGUUCGCGGCUCUUGAGGAGUCGGAGUUACAGAUGUGCUCUGACAUGACAGACAGGGACGUGCAGGCGGUACUCGAGGGGUGCCCCCCUCGCGUCCCACGCUCUCCCCUCUUGCAGCCUCCUCUCCUCCCGCCCCUUGCUCAAUUCACCUCACUGGAGGAGUUGGAGUUACAGAUGUGCUCUGACAUGACAGACAGGGACGUGCAGGCAGUGCUACAGGGGUGCCCCAAGCUGCGGAGGCUCGAGGUGGUGGCAAACCACCGGCUAUCGGCCCGCGCCUUUGCGCUGGGCUGCGCUGUGUGCGCUGCUGGGGGGCAGUGUGCAGUGGCUGCGGUUGGUGGGAGCUGCAGGGCGCGCGGGCACGCUCUGGAGAGCGUGCGAGUGAUGCAGUGUGACAAUGUGGACUCACACGAGUUGCUGCAAGCGCUCAUGCCAGCGCGCACGGUCCUCAAGGGCAUUCAGAUGACUGCGUCCUGGACGCACACCAGCCCCCCGCUGCCCCUCGCCUGCUUCUCCGCUCUCGAGUCGCUCUGCCUUGAAGUCUCUGUGGACGCAUCGCUUUCUCCCUUGCUCAGUGCUGGCCUGGCGUCCUGCCCCAACCUCAAGUUCUUCUUCCUCUCUCUCUACGGCGCUCUCGAGCAAGACACCCUUCCGCUCCCACCACACCACUACUCCCUCGCCUUCCUCUCCCAACCCCCCGCACUCACCUACCUCUUCCUCUCUCUCGAAGGAAUCCAGACUGCCACUGCUCCCGCCUUGGCCUCACUCGAGCUCGCGCUGCUAGCCUCCUGCCCUUCGCUUGCGAUCCAGGAGGUUGAAUUCCGGCCCGCGCCCUGCCCGGUGGUGUCUGCUUCACUGUCCCUGGAUCUGCUCUCCCCUGACGCUGCUCGGCUGCUCUCGCUGUCGCCGUGUCUCCGGCGGGUGGCCCUAGGGGGAGUGGUGCAGGAGCCGGCGAUGGUGAAGCUUCUGAGAAGCCGCACGCUGCGCGAUGUGGUGUUUCUCAUGCCGCCCGACUGCUCUGACACUUUUAGGAGCUUCUUUGAGUCGGUUCUCAAGUCGAGGGGGUACUCGGAUCAGCCGAAAAGUGGAACGGAGUGUGUAUUGGAUGUUUGUAUCGCGUCUGGUUGUGCUGAGGUUUGA